AUGUCCACUUUGAUCCCUACGGCGGGUAAAACCACCCGCGGCCACCUGCCACUGAUUCCAUCACUCCAUUCCCACCGUCCAUUCUUCUCCAGACCCCUCUCUUUCAGAAACUCGCCUCCAGUUCUCCCUCUUUUAUCUUUCACCCCGGCAAAAGCCGCCUCCUCUUCUCCUCCUCCAUCCGCAUUUGGAAUCCCAAAACCGAAACACUCUAAUGAAUCUUCACAAUUCUUCGAUUUUUUGAUUUACCCCUUGAACCCUAUUUCCCGAAAUUCGUUUAUUUCCCUUUUUUCGUCACUGAGAACCGGGUUUAUUACUACUGUUACUGCUUCUGUUCUAUUCUUUUCGGGUUUAUGUUUCACUUUGAAACCCGCUGUAGCUUUGGCUGUUUCACAUCCGCCUACUGUUGAGAUGGCGGCGAAGGAUGCCAUUUCAGAGGAAGAAAGAGAGAAAUCACUUGAGGAUGAAUUGUCUUCUAAUCCAGAUGAUGUUAGAGCACUUAAGAAUUUAAUGGAAAUCAAAAUAAAGAGUAAGAAGAUUCCUGAAGCUAUUGGCAUUCUUGACAAAUUAAUAGAGCUUGAGCCGGAUGAACGUGAGUGGCCAUUGUUGAAGGCCCAUUUGCAUGCUUACAAUGGAGAGAUUGAAUUGGCGAGAAGGGGGUUUAAUGAGCUGCUGAAAAUUGAUCCUUUUCGUGUGGAGGCAUAUCAUGGUCUGGUGACAGCAGCUUCUCAAGAGGAGUCAGGUGAGGAAUUGGAGAAAAUUGAGAAGAAGGUGGAGGAGGCGAUGAAAUUAUGUAAAAAGGAGAAUAGGAAAAGUGAUUUAAGGGAUUUCAAGCUCUUAUUUGCGCAAAUCCGUGUGAUCGAGGGGAAUUACGAUGAGGCAUUGAAGGUAUAUGAGGAGUUGGUGAGAGAAGAGCCAAGGGAUUUCAGACCAUAUCUGUGUCAGGGCAUAAUCUAUACCCUGUUGAGGAAAAAUGGGGAGGCGGAGAAGAGUUUUGAGAAGUAUAGGAGAUUGGUUCCUAAGGAGCACCCUUAUGCCAGAUAUUUUGAUGAUAAUAUGUUGGCGACCAAAAUUUUUGCACAGAAAGUGGAGAACGAAAGAGCUGCAGCGAAGAGUUAA